AUGAAAAGCAACAAAGAAUCAGCAGAAAAACCAAGCAAACUCAGCAGAUUCCACCCAGAGAGAUGGUGGAAUAAGAAGAAAAAUGCGGCCAAGGAUAUUGACGCAGCGGAAGAAAAGACGGAGGUGAAAUCUGCAGUGAAGAUGGUCGAUGAGAAUUCGAGUGCGAAUGCCGAUGCGGAGGAGGAGGAAUGCCAGCAUGAGCGGAGGAGAAGCAGUGUCAUGGUGCCCAUCCCCGUUCUCGGUGACAGACGGGAGAAGGAUGUUGAUGCAGCGGAAGAUGAGACGGAUCUGGAAUCUGCAGUGAAGAUGGUCGAUGAGAAUUCGAGUGCGAAUGCGGAUGCGAAGGAGGAGGAAUGCCAGCAUGAGCGGAGGAGAAGCAGUGUCAUGGUGCCCAUCCCCGUUCUCGGCGACAGACGGGAGAAGGAUGUUGAUGCAGCGGAAGAUGAGACGGAUGUGGAAUCUGCAGUGAAGAUGGUCGAUGAGAAUUCGAGUGCGAAUGCGGAUGCGGAGGAGGAGGAAUGCCAGCAUGAGCGGAGGAGAAGCAGUGUCAUGGUGCCCAUCCCCGUUCUCGGCGACAGACGGGAGAAGGAUGCUGACGCAGCGGACGAUGAGUCGGAUGUGGAAUCUGCAGUGAACAUAGGCAAUGACACCUCUCUUGCCGUUUCCUCAGAGAGGUCUCGUAGCCGUCACAUUUGGUUCAGAUCGCCUUGCGCUAGGCGAUCUGAUGUCACUUGUAAGCGCCAUAACUUCUUGGGGACUGUUGGCGAUGGGAAUUUGAAUGCCUUUCCAAGAAUAUCUGAUAAGCGCCUGAUGUUGUCUACUUCUGACGCCGGUAAUCAUUUGUCUCGUAUGCCCUGCCCGUCAAAUUUGCCAACAUCCUUGUCGAAGAAAAACUGGCUCCGGCAGAAGGUUAGUGAAAAUUGGAUGUAUAAGCAGCUAAAAUCCCUGAGCCCACAACGGUAUAGAAAGCGGGAUAUCGAAUAUGGAGUGCGACGGCGACUCUCAUCCGGCUCAUAG